AUGCCCACAGAGGGGGAGAAAAGUGGGGGAAAGUAUUCCCUGCUUUCACUCAUUUGGCGUAUGAUUUUUUGUUACCCUGCUUCCGGUUCUGAAGAACUCAAAGGUACCCGGUACAUCUUCAUCCAUUUCGAUGCCUGGGAGUAUGUGGGAUGUGACCACAUCUGGGCUGGCCUUCUUACAGCGCUGCUUGACGGAAUCGAAGGGAAGAACAAAGCACUUUUUACAACUUUUAUGAUCCUUGAUGGGCAAUCUCUGAAAAAAACAAAGAGAAAGAAAUGGGUUUUUAAAGGAUGGGGGAAACUCUUCAUUCCUGUUAUAACAGGUUUGAGUCUUCUUUUAACAGCAGCUAGCAUGUUGAUAAAGGAAGGUAAAUUCGAUUCGCGCUAUGGAUCCACUGCUUUAGUAGGGGCUAUUCUGUUUAUCACUCCUUUCAUACAUGUAAUGACCAAGUUCUACUUCACACUGAAAAAGAAGCUUCAGACAGAAAUUGACAGAAACACCCUCAGUGCCAAGCUGGGCUUCAUGCAUUUUGUGAAAGAAUUAGUGGAAACCAUAGCUAAUUUCCUCCAGUUCCUGGGAUGGAUAGAGAAGCGAGAGAUCCGGGUGGUCCUGAAGAUCAUCAAUUUGGACAGAUGCACUCAGGACAAAGUGGUGGAUGUUCUUGAUGCCAUAAACAUACUUCUUUCCAACAAAGAUGCCCCAUUUAUCUCCAUCUUGGCUGCCGAUCCAAGCAUCCUUGUGGAAUGUAUUCAAAGAGAAAAGAAACACACGAAUGGCUACUUGUACUUAGACCGAAUUGUGUCCUUGCCCUUCUCCCUGCCGCAGAUGACUCCCAAGGACAAAUUAAGGCUGGUCAAUGAGAUUCUGAAGGUGGAUUAUCAUGCGUGCUCUUACGAGGAAAGCAACAUCAAGAUCACGGUGGUAGGCUUAGAAGACCCCAGCUGUAGCGAAAAGUUAAUUAUCUGUAAGCACUUGAUGAAUAACGAAUACAUCCCAGGGAAUUCUGCGCAACUGAAGAGGGUGGUGAACACAGUCCUGACCAUCUUGUCCAUCACCAAGCUGGAAUCAGAGGCUCCCUGGAAAUAUGAGGAAAGAAUCAGCAUUGAAGAACUGAUAGACUGGGUUGUUCUUUCCAACUGCUGGCCUUGCCGCCUGAGCUGGAUUUUGCAAUGUGAGGAAGAUGCCAGACAGCAAAGAAAGCUUGAGGAAAACCAGAAGGAGGAAGCAGAUAGAAAAGACGGAAGCCGACUAUGGAGGGAAGAAGAGGGAGAUGGCAAAACAUUACUGGAGAUUUACAAUGACAAUGAGCCAGCACUGGCUAAGAUUAAGAAUGAUAUCCAAAAACUUCUGGAACUGGAUGGUGAUCCUGAUCUUUUCAGAAACUUCUUGGCCACCAGGUCCCAGAUCACAGCAAAGUGGGCGAGAUAUUUGGCAAAUUACCUGGUCAGUUUGGAUUUCUCUUUGAAAAGGCCAUUUGAGUUGCUACGGGGCCUGAACAGCAUAACAGCAGAGAAAGAAACAAGUCACCAUCCAUUGAGUGUCACAAGAAAUCAAAAUCCCAACAGUUUGAAAACACAUAUGCUUAGCAGCCAAGACAGUCCUCCUAAGCUGUGCUAG